AUGGAGCAGAACAGAAGCGGAUACCUUCCCUUAGCCAAGUCGGAGUACCAAGACGAGGGGGAAGUUGACAGGGAAUUCGAAGAGAUUCUAGCCCUCUUACCUGAGCCUGCAGUUUUUCAACAACAACAACGAGAACGGCACUCUUCUAGUGCGUCGGGCAAGCGGGCUUCAAAGUUUCUCUGCAAGAAGUAUUCCUUGAAAUGGCUCGUCCUCGCGUACUUGGCUGGUUUCCUUUCUUGCCCCAUAUUGCAAUUCUUCUUCCCGUCUCUCUGUCUCGGAAGACCUGCAACGUCAGAGCCUACUUCACGUAGUAGUAGCAACACUGGCACUAUCGAUGAUGAUGAUGAUCUUAACGUCCUGGCAUCAUCGUACGCGGGGGAACGCACUUCCAACGUCUACCCACCUCCUUCACCUACGAACAACUUUCCGUCGUACUUCCCUACGGAUGUGGGGUAUCCUGGUAACUUUGCCACGGGUGUCGAGGCUGGGAUUGUCGCUACUGCUCCUAGUUAUCCGGUGCAGAGUGGGGCUCCGAACUUAGUGGGUCCUAGUACACUUCCAAAGGGAAAAAAGAAGAAAUUUGAUAUAUUCAGACAUUGGGGGAAUUUGAGCCCGUGGUAUUCUGUGCCUCCAGAGGAUUUUGGACUCGAUACUACACCGGACGCUCCAAAGGGUUGUCGGAUCACUGGCUUACAUCUCCUUCAUCGACAUGGUGCUCGUUAUCCUACCGAAAGAUCCACCUAUGGGGGUCCUGAGCGUUUCGCGGAGAAAAUUCAUGCAUUGGCGGCAAACUGGACUGCUUCUGGAGACCUUGAAUUCCUUAACGAAUGGACCUAUAAGCUUGGAAGGGGCCUUCUGACGCCAUUCGGGAGACAACAACUCUUUGAUCUCGGCGCAGCAACUAGAAUCAAGUAUGGAUUCCUACUUCAGAAUUUCACUGAGCAAGCCGCCCUUCCCGUCUUCCGCACCACAUCACAGGACCGCAUGCUUUAUUCAGCUCUUAAUUUUGCUAUUGGAUUCUUUGGCUACCCUCAUCAAGACCAAUACCUACAGAGUAUCACGAUAGAAGCUCCUUCGUUCAAUAAUACCCUCGCGCCUUAUUUUACUUGUCCCAAUGCACUCAAUGCUUCCAAGGCUGAACGCGGAGUCCUUUAUGUGGAAGAAUGGACGGCCACAUACCUCCGGAAAGCAUUGAAGCGGCAUCAAGCACAGCUGAAAGGCUUAGAAUUGACUAUUGAAGAUAUGUAUACUAUGCAACAACUCUGUGCUUAUGAGACUGUUGCUCUUGGGUACUCGGCAUUCUGUGACCUUUUCACUGAACAGGAGUGGGAGGGAUUCAAUUAUGCUCUGGACCUCCACUUCUGGUACAAUUCAGCAUUCGGUUCUCCAGUAGCUCGUAUACAAGGGAUAGGCUACAUUCAAGAACUCGUCUCACGUUUGACGCAAACUCGGAUCCCUGUUCAUAAUACUUCUACUAAUGCCACGUUGGACGACAACGAUGAAACAUUCCCCCUCGGUCGGAGUAUCUACAUUGACGCGACCCAUGAAGUCGUGUUCUUGAAUAUCAUCACGGCGCUAGGUCUAAAUAACUUUGCCGAGAGCGGACCGCUUCCUUCGGACCAUAUCCCGAAGAAACGUCCAUUCCGGUCAUCUCAUUUAUCACCAUUCGCAACGAACAUGCAGUUCCAACUCCUUGCUUGCGACAGCACUCCUGAUUCAGAGCAAAUCCGUAUCGUCAUCAAUGAUGGUGUCUCGCCACUUACGAGUCUCGAAGGAUGUCCUCACAACCCUGAUGGAUUGUGUCCCCUCAAGGAGUUCGUUAAAGCGCAACAGAAGCACAUUGAGACUGCCGAUUGGACUUGGGCGUGCUACGGUGAUUGGGACGUUCCACCAGGGACGGCAUGGAAUACCACUACUGGAGACCCUCCAGCUCGCAAGGCUUAA